AUCUCGGGGUGAGUAAUCGUGCAUUUUUAGACCUAACGAAAACUCAUCCCGGCUUACGUACAGAAUCGGCUCAGACUGGAUCUCUGGGUGUAAUGGUGCCUUUCUUAGACCUACUAAACCACGUGCAUGGCGAGACGGUCAUGUGGGAACUUGCCAGCGACGAGAAGAAGCAUGUGCUGUUCUCAAACAAGGAUAAAGAACACAAAGAGGGGGAUGAGGUGUUUAACAACUAUGGCUACAAAACUGUGGAGGAGCUUUUCCUCAGUCAUGGAUUCUGCGGAACCGGUACAGGGCACAAGGAUGUGGUCGCUCUGCGCGUAGGAUCUCCAGCCGUCAGCAAGGAGGUUGACGAGGCCAAAGUCGCUAUAUUACGUGACAUGGAGGUGCCCGUUGCUGUGCGUCCGAAUGGUAACUUAAGUGUGGGGCCCUUGUACUUGGUCACAGGCAGCGCGGAGGAGCCUAUUCUUAACCAAGAAUUGUUGUUAUCCAUGGCCGUGUGUGGCAUGGCGCAUAUUCCUACCGAUGAGGAGCCCAUAGAAAUCGGCAUCGAUGAAUUGGACGUGUUGAAAGCACAGUUGGGACACAAGCUGGAAAUACUGGGGGAUCUCUCAUGGAUUCUUGAGACUUUAAAUAGCAAUGUUAAGGGCGAGAGUACGCCGCAUACGCAUCACACCAGGAAAGUACAAGCAGCUCUAUAUGUGAAGGGACAGGUGGAUCUACUCAACGAGGCUUUGGGUGAGAUAGUUAAAUUUUUGCCCGUGCCAGAUGGAGAAGAAAGUGAGGAGGAAGAGGAGCAUGAAGAGGGGGUGUAGACAGUCCUCGCACGAGAUCCCGCUCUGCGAGUCACGAUAUAUAUAUAGAGAUUGCGGUCUUCUCAGUGCUAUAGGAGAACUUGUUCUAGUUUUAAUUUUAGUGACUAUCGCAGGAAAUGCAGACCGAUACCCUAUGGUGCAAAAAGCUCUUUGCAAAGGUGCCCUUACUGAUUGUCGGAGAUGUACUACACCUGGUCUGCAACGCAAGUUGGCGCUUAUAAGCGAAGGAGAAUGUGACAAACAAUUAUUGUUGCAUCGGUACGACGCAAAGUUGCAAUGUGUACUGGAAGCGUCAUGCAAAUACAGGCAGUCGCCAAUCAUGAUCCGCCACCGCUAUAGAAGAUAUCUUGCUGCUGGUAGUAAAAGGGCUGGAGAUAUGGCAACAUGGAUAUACGUCUCAAUGUGCUCCUCGUAUAGGAGACGGGAGAGAAAAGCUAACAUUGUAUGAGAAUAUUACCUGUGGUGCACUUGCAUUAUAUAAUGUAUCCAAACUUGAACAAGCAAAGGAGGUGAAGUUUCAAAGCGAGAAAGUAUACAGGACGGGAUUCGGAUAAUAAUUUAAUUAUUCAGUCAUAUAUAUAAAUGUAUUAAAAUUAUAGUCUAGAGGGGUUGAGACAUAGUUACCCCAUAUUUAAUCUGCCCGUAUAUUAGAUUUACUAGUCAUUUCUCGAACACACUAUUCAAUUGUAUAUACGGCACACUUCAUCUUCACCGUUUUCUCACACGACUGGAGUUCGCAGACAAUCAAUGACGUUGAACGCAUCAAGAGGAAGAGUUUGUAAAUAUAUCUAGCCGACCUCGGACAAUCUUGUUAUGCCCGAAACACUUUUUCCAUGAAAUGCAAUUCUUGUACCGCGGCACACUCCAUUGUGCAUCAGGGCCCAUUAACAUGGUCUUCGUUAAGUGCUUUUCUUUUCGCAGCAACAGGGUCAAUGACCUGGACCUACGACUUAACUAGAUUUUGCAGCACCUCCACCAGCAUGUUCAAACUCGAGCGGUGUUGUGGUGGCGCCUCACUGUCGCUCGGUAAGCGAUUGCCCUCCGGCGCAUCGUGAUCCUGCGCUUGUGAUGUAACAGUAGCACGAGAUUCUUCUCUACAUAAUCCUUGGUCAUUCUUAUUGUUAAACCUAGGUACCUCACUAUCAGUCCGAUAUGGCGAAUGCGAAGUUUGGACUGAUGUCCUGUAUUGUACGGGAG